GUUCAGCUUCGAACGAUCGAAACCACCUGCUGAUUUGGGGAAGCAAUGGUGAUUGUUGAACAUCUACAGGGUACGAAGCAUGUAGGUAUCUGGCGGUGAAAACGCGUCUUGUUGGUCAUGCUGAACCCGUCAUGGCAAUUCUCAUUCCGGAACCCGACGUCAAUGGCCGUGUCCGGGCUUCGAUUGAAGAGAGCGCCGCUCGGUACGCCGAGGUCGGCCGCCUACUCGCGUCCGUCGGCCACCAUGUGGACAUGCCGCUGCUCCAAAACCCGGAAGAAGAUCCCCUCCCCUGUCGCGAGGCCGUUGAGGAGACCACCGCUGUCAGCGCACAUUUCUCGGCGCAGAUACCACGCGAGAAGCGCAGCCUCGCUGGGAGAGGCAAAGCUGGCGCCGAUAGACGCGGAAAAGGGUGUCGGGGUCGAAAUCACGAAACUCUCCCUACGCUACCGUUUAUACGCAAGCUCCGUAUCGUACAGGGCGCCGGGUCCCGCUACGACCAGACGGCAGCUGGUAUUUCGUCGGCCCGCGAGACCACCGCCGAGGAUGAGGCGAUGGACGAACAGUGGGACGAGGAUCCCCAGGGCGGCGAAGAGGUCGACUUUUUCCCGGACAUGUUCCGUACCGAGCCGCUCGCCGAGCGGGUCGAGCCUCUACUCUCGGGGUUUCCCGCGGCAGUGAAAAACAUGGGCGCGCCCUCGAGGAUGCCGAGCUCUUUGCCUACCUGGCGUGGCAUCCUUCCGAAAGCAGGGCAGACGAGGACGGAGACGGGGCGCCGUACGACUGCGAAAACGGCGUGCAUAGGUGGGGGGUGCGAUACCUUGCUGGUGGGGAUGGUGGAGUGGUCCAGUGUGCAGGUCGGUGAUUGGAGACGAAGUCAGACCGUGCUGGACCUGUUUGGAGACCUGGGGCGACAGGAGUGGUUGGACUUUGAGUUUGGGCAUAAAAGACACAUUAAGCCCUAUACUGGCGCUUCGGUCGGUAGGUCGGAAGGUACCCGGAAGAAACCGUCGCACAUCCCGCGCAUCCAACCCCACUGACCCCGCCCCCCCCCCCCACUUUCCCUUGCUUUGCGGGGCCCCUCAGCCCUACGCAGAGCACAACUUUUAUUUACUCUUUUGAGGACAGCUUCAA